CGUACAAGCGUCUAUUCGUUGAUGUAGGCGUUGCCAAGCGUGACGUUGACGUAUUUUUUAGUUUUUUCAUUUUAUUUUUAUUUGAUUAAAUGGCUAACAAUAAAACAAUUUUACUGCAAUUAGUAUUAAUUGUAUUGCUUGCUUGUUUUGUAGAAAAAGGAUUUUCAAUUAAAUGUUGGGUGUGCCGAUCUGAUUCUGAUCCAAAAUGUUCAGAUCCAUUUGAUAACACAACAAUUCCAAUUACUGAUUGCAGUAAAGAAAGAGAAUUAGAACAUUUACCUGGAAUCAGACCAACAAUGUGCAGAAAAGUUCGUCAAAAAGUUAAUGGAGUUUGGAGAUACUUUCGAAGUUGUGCAUACUUAGGUGAACCCGGUAUUCAAGGAGAUGAAAGAUUUUGCUUGAUGAGGACAGGUACAUAUAACAUCUUUAUGGAAUAUUGUACGUGCAAUAGUAAAGAUGGAUGUAAUUCAGCACCAGGAAUUCAACUUGAUAUAUAUCUUUUACUCACUAGAUUUAUUACAGCUAUUUUGACUUUCUCAUUUUCUAGAUUUUGAUGUAUUUUCUUAUUACAAUCAGUAAAUUUUCUGAUUGAAUCAUUAUGCUUCACCAGAUUAACUGAACUUUAUAAUGAAUACUUAGGAUUUGUAUACAAUUUUUUAAUUUAAUUUACGUGUUAUUUUAGUACAAAGAUCUGAAAUCAAAAUAUUUUUAAAAUAUUUUGUACUUUAUUUUGUACUCAAUUUUUUACAUGAAAGAGAAACAUAACUGCUGACAAGUCCGUCCACAAUAACUUAGAUUAGUCUAAGAUUAACCUAUAUAAAUUAUUAUAUAUAUCAUAAACAUAUUAUUAUAUAUCAUAAAGAUGGUCGAUUUUUUAAGGCUUUUGGCCAAAUUAAGAUUCAAAAAUGUUGUACAUAAAGUAGUACAUUACGAUUCAAAAGUACUCGUAAAUGCCACACGAGUCGAAAAUUUCUUUCCAAACAUGUACGGCCUUCUUUUAUACGACGUGGGAAAGUUCGAUUAUAAGCUUAGGUUUUUGACCAAGUGUGCGGGAAGGUCGCACUGCGCAUGGAAUGUUGAAAAUUUAUAAAAUUUUGUAUAAGAUUCUUUUUAUAAUUUUUAUUAAAGUUUUAU